CAAGUCAUUAUUCUCCUCCUGCUCCUAUUCAGACGAGGUCCCGUUGGCUCAUUGUUAUUCUGCCCGAGGGACAGAGAGGGAGAGGGAGACACAGAAUGGGAGGCUGACUGUGGUUUCCAACGGCAGGGAGCUGGUUGUACUGGGCGGGGGGUUUUGUCGGUGUUUUUUUUCGGCCGGUUUUUGAGGGCGUGAAGGCAUGUUGAUAAUCGGCUCAGUAAUGAGGAGAGGUACUGAACGGCACCAAAUAUCUGACCCCGAUUCCUGAGAGUAGAGAGAGGUAGACAGUGCGUGAGAGAGAGGAGGAAAAAGGGGAGAGGGCCAUGUGAAAAAGGGGUGGAGGGGAGUUGAGAUUUAGUGCUCUGCUGGAUGAAACAACCCCCCACUAACUAACCGAGAGGGAAAGUAGCCUAAUAGGAAGAAAGGAGGGGGUGUUGUAGGCCACUGAUCAUUUAACACUCAAAGACUCGCAGGAAGCCUUUAACGUUUCCCACAAUGAGAUCAGAAAAGGGGGUUGCUGUCUGCUGUAAUGCUUAGGGCCCUAAACAACAGAACUAAACAACACAAAACGUGCAUAGUGGCAGCCUAUAACCGAGAGAAGAAAAAUGUCUCGAACAGAAGAGGUUAACAAGAUGACAGAAAAUGUCUAUAAGGGGAUUCUGGACCAGUUCAACCCCAGUCUGAAGAACUUUGUGACCAUGGGGAAACACUAUGAGAAAGCCCUGACAGGAGUAACUGUGGCUGCCAAAGGGUACUUUGAUGCUCUGGUGAAACUUGGAGAGCUGGCGAGCGACAGCCAAGGCUCUAAAGAGCUGGGAGACACACUGUUUCAGAUGGCCGAGGUCCACAGACAGAUUCAGGUGCAGCUGGAAGACGUGUUAAAGCUGUUUCACUCUGAGCUGCUCGCCCAGUUGGAGCAGAAGCUGGAACUGGACAUUAAAUACCUCACAGCCACCCUGAAGAAGUAUCAGAGCGAGCGGAGGUCUAAAUCUGAGUCUAUCGAGCGCUGCCAGUCCCAGCUGAAGAAGCUCCGCAGGAAGAGCCAGGGCAGUCGUCACCCAAACAAAUAUGGAGACAGAGAGAUGCAGUUUGUGGAGUUGAUGAGUCGUCGACAAGGCGAGCUGGACACGCUGGUUGCCUCGGGUUACAAGUCUGCGCUCACUGAGGAAAGAAGACGAUAUUGCUUCCUGGUGGACAGACAGUGUUGUGUCACCAAACUGCUCAUUAACUACCACUCCAAGGUAAGAGAGCUUCUGUCACAGAAACUUUCAUCUUGGCAGCAGUCAUGUUCUCAGCCCACAAAACUCCCAGAGCGCGCUUUGAAUCUGCUGCGUCACACUGCACCUCAAGGCUCAGGGGCUGCUGGGAUAGCUGAGGUCUUCCGCCACGCCAAGAUUGACUCUGCUCAGCCAGAACAGAGGCUCUCUGUUCAAGAAGUCCCGCCCCUGUUGAAUGGAGACUCCAGUCGCUCCCAGCUGCAGCGCUCGCUCCCCUCCUCCUCCCAGAGUGAAGCCUGUCCUGCUCAGGCCUCCCCCCAGACGUUCCGCUCUCUCCCCAGUGGAGGAGCUGCUGGAGCCUCAUCAAGAGGAGCGUCUCCUCAGCACACCAGUACCCCCCUCAGUGCAUCAGCCAGCCCCCUCCCCGACAGCAGUGCCAGCAGCAGUGCUAGCCCUGCUGUAUCCACUCCCACCACGCCCGGUGGCUUUGCCCAACAAAGCUCUCUCCUCCUGGCCGCAAACACAUCCAACCUCUCCCCGAGCCUCAUCCCCUCAACGGUGAUGUCGCUCAGCCAGAGCUCCACGGCCGGCGGAUCCUUGCAUGGCAUGACCCUCCCCAUCCCCCACAGUGCUCCUCACAGUCCGCCACUGCCCCACAGUGCUCCUCUCUCCAGGGCCAUGACUCCUGUCCAGUUACUGCACCAACAGGUGGGACCAGGAGGAAGCAAUACCUCAUCACCGUCACAUAAUCCCUGGCUGCUGAAGACCACUGACAUUUGUGCAACAGCAACACUCCCACUGCCGAGGAGACCUGUCAGUGAAAUGAAGCUGGGUGGCUUUCAGGGCUCCACUCUCCCCAGGAUGCUGCCUUUAUCUGGACCUACCCGUGUGGAAGCCGUGUUUGCUCACACUCCUGGAACACCGGAGGGUGGUGGCAUAGGGGGCGGGGCUUGCUUACUGCACUUCCUGCCUGGUGACAACAUCACCCUGCUCAUCUCUGAGCCCAGAGACGGGUGGCACUACGGUCAAAAUGAACGAACUGGACGGAAAGGCUGGUUCCCUUUCUCCUACACUCAGUCUUACCCCAGCAAGACGGAUCACCUCGAGAGCUCUCUCUUCUUAUCUAAGGCUAACAGCACCAGUACAGGCCAGCUCGACAAGCUGGUGUCUCCAGGUCUCCCGGCUCUAACCCCUGAAUCAGAGGAGGAGCGCUCCCUUCCUCCCCAGAGGGUCAGCACCUUCCGUCCGCGCCCAUACAGCAUGGCCGACAGCAACAAGGUCAGAAACAUGAAACCUUUGGGUGGAAGUCAAAGGUCACGGUCUUCGCCCAACUGAGUCUCAAUAUCACCGCAGAAAUGGUUUGUCCACCACCCUCCCCGACCAGGGCCAAUCCAUUUGCCCAUGUCCGACUUAGAAGAACUGUCACCAACGAUCGCUCUGCUCCCAUCAUUGAGUAAGAGUUUUAUUCCUACAGAAGAAGCAAUCCUGUUCUCAGUGGUUUGAAAAAAAAAACAGUUAUUUGGUUCAUGUGGAUUAUUUACUUUGGAUGUUUUUUUUGUGCAAAUUAAUCAAAUACAGAUUGUUUUAUUUUGUGUGAAGGAAAAUAAUUGUUUUAAAUCAAAGUAUAAAAGGUUGAUGUCAAUGGUGUAGUCUACGUGAUACGCAGGCAUACGCGGUGUACUCACUAAGAAAGCUUUAGGAUUUUCAUAUACCAACUUAGAAAUGCGCAAUGACAUACAACAACAUACUUUCCAUUAUAUUUGUGACAUAUUUUGAAUGUUGUUUUUUCUUUGCAUAGGUUAAAUAAAGAUUGGAUUAGAUUAGUGCAAAAUGCAGAAAAUGAAGUCUUUGACGCUCAACAUUUCCCUGGGGGAGGACACCCAGACCCCACCCCCCAAAACUCCUAUUCUGGCCUAUAUACAUAUAUAUAUAUAUAUAUAUAUAUAUAUAUAUAUAUAUAUAUAUAUAUAUAUAUAUAUAUAUAAUAUGCAGUACAGUAUAUCCACUACAACACAGUAGACUACACCACUGGUUGAUGUGUUAUAAAUAUAAUUACAGUCAAUUUGAUGUUGAAGUAGUUAAUAGGAAAAAAAGUAGAAACAAGACCACUAUAAUGUUUUGUACCUAUAUAAUGUUUGAAAAUUCUGUUUGAGUUAGAAACAUUAAAACAAAAUCUAGGCUAGUUUUAAUGUCACAGAAGUGAGGUGUUUGGCUGUACUUAGUGUUUGAGACCGACAUACUGUAUCAUGCAAAAUAACUAACAUUUUAGUUUUUUUCUGGUCUAUGAAAGAAUGCCUCUUAUAUCUCUUACUGUUUUACAGUGCAAUUGGUUUCUUGACAUAACCUUUAGUGUCGUUUUUUGGUUGUUUUAUUGUGCCAUAUACAGAAAGGUUUUCUUCGUUGGGCAGAUAGGGACUGGCUCCUAAUAGUAGGUUGUGAACUUUCACUUUCACUGUACUGAGGACAGGCUCCUACUCUAAUUGUGCUAUUACGGUAUUAUAUUUGUUAGAAAAGAUGCCAGAUUAUUUUUUGGUUGAAAUGGUGAACUUUUAAAUUUAUUCAAAGUGUAUUUUCUAUUUUAAAAUGUGGUUGUUUGGUUGAUAAAGAUUUUUAAUGAAUUUGGCAGUUAUUAGUUAUUAGUUGUUAGUCAUUUUACCUUAAAAUUACUGAACAAGGGCAAUGCUGUUUGAGUUGACAAGUCCUUGUCUGUUACAGUUUAUCUUAUGUUUAUGUCAGUUAACACUACACAUUCUGCUGCUGUAAAGUCACAUGACUGUUUUAUAAAUGUAGAUUUCUUGAGUAGUUUAACUCUUUACCUGGAGUCAAAAUACAUUUAAAAAAACAAAUUCUACUUUAUAGUUGAUUAUUUAAAUGAUUGGUCAAUGAUACGUGUUAGUUUCGGAGUGGAAUACUUAUUUAAUACGGAGUCGUACAAAACACAGUAACAUAAAAACUCACAAGCUUCACAGACACAAAGCUGUGACAGUUGAUAGUUGAACAUUUGGAUGGUGUUAAUACUGAAAGUGUUGUUGUUUUCUUAGAAGGUAGCAUGUUGUGGAAGGUUCAAAAUGUAAAGAAUGAGAGAUUUGCGUGCUUAGUCUUUGGAAUUGAUGUCUUCUUGAUUCAGUCCCAAAUCUAAAGCUAGACAACAUCGAGACUAGUUGAUUGUAGCUGUACAUUUACCAAUCAAACUGAGCAGAAUCUUCAAGAGAGAUGUGAAAGGUGAGACAGGUGAUAGGAUUGAGUUUUAAAUUGGAAAUGUAUCUAUGAAAGUGAUAAAGAAUGCAUCAGGAAGUUGACCAACGUCUGAGCAAGUGUUUAUGGUAAACUAGAGAUAUCCAAAGUAACAUUCUGUAGCUCUGUUGUUGCCUUUGUUGCGUUGUUGCCUUUACUGUGGUUUACAGUUGAAACUUUGUAUCCAUGCAACCUGAAAUGGUUUAUGUUCCUUAACUGCCUUUAGUUUCUGUGAUCUUUUAGCACCUUGAAAAUUCAAGAUAACACAUGCAAGGGUUAUAGUAUAUCAUCUCAGCAUUUAUAUAACUUUGAGUAGUAUUGCAUCAAUUAUAAAGGCGACCACAAAAUAUCAGAGCUAAUGCUUACUAAUUAUUGUAAAUAGUGCUUAAAAUGUCUGACUGUGUGACUUUUAUCUGACUUUUCGUAAUGAUAUUUCACUUUGGUAGACCGAUUUGACUUUGUAAAAGCUGCAAAAACAGUAAAUCUCCCGGCACAAAUUCAAACUUUGAACAGGAGGCAACACAGUGAUAGUACAGAAUGACAUAUUAUUCACCUACACAGGUGUGAAUGUAUUUUAAACUGAGAAUAUUGAUUAAAAUAGACUUAAAACUUUGAGUCAAAUUAACCGGUGGCUGUUUUAGUGGCCAGUAUUAGUGAUUCAUAAAAUAGUAUUAAACAUGAACUGAGUUUGGGGCGAGUAAUACAGUGAACAAUAUUAUAAAACAAAUAAUUUGACCCUUAUAAAUGCAAGAUGUGCAAAAAUUAAAGUGUAGAACUUGAUACAGAGAAAUAAUUUAGUAUAUGCACACCAUAUAAAUACGUCUGAAGUGUGUAAUAUGUUGUAAGAAAUACAUGGGAAGUUAACACAAUUGUUAUACAUAUAUAGCAAGAAAUGUAUGGUGAAAUAAGUACACAUUUACAGCUAAUAAAUAGGAUGUUGGUGUGUACAGAAAUGUGUAGAUGUCUAAAAUAGAGAGACCUUGUGCAGAGAAGUUACUAAAGUGCAAACUUAUGCAGUCUGAAGUAAAAUAUUGUUUUAAAAUUGCACACCCAUUUUACGCAGUUCCACUGUUCUGUAAAAAUAUGAAGCUAUGUAAACAGACUUGUUGGUCUGUUCUCAUUGACAUGAAAUCCUGGUGACCGCAGAAUAUAUUAUAUCAUGAUGAUAAAUACUGCUUUACAUGAAACACUGAACAUUGAUGUGUUGUGAAAUAAAAGUUCUAUGGA